AUGGGGGAUGGGGGAUGGGAGAUGGGAGAUGAGGAAGGCAACAAGAAGGGGAGUGAUGUUCUGAUACCAGUACUGGGGAAAACCUUUUUAUUGGGAACAUUUACUAUAUAUUCCUUAUAUAGAAGUUGUGAAUGUCGGCAGGAAUUUGCUGCCAUGGGGACGUUGAAACAAAAUUAUGCAAGUAUAUUGAUGCUUCUGCUGCGACUUCGGCAAGCCUGUGAUCAUCCCCUCCUAGUUAAAGGAUUUCACACAGAUACUAUUGGAAAAGAUUCACUUGAUAUGGCAAGACAACUUCCCAGGGAAAUGCUUAUUAAUUUACGUAACCAGUUGGAAGGUUUGGCGAUUUGUACCAUCUGCAGUGAUCCACCAGAAGAUGGUGUUGUAUCAAUGUGUGGGCAUGUCUUCUGCUACCAGUGUGUAUCCGAACGUUUAAUUGGUGACACGUGUCCUGCACCUGGUUGUAAAGAUAUACUUGGUACUGAUUGUGUAUUUUCACGUGGUACCCUGAAGAGUUGCAUCUGUGAAAAUUUUGAUGAUGAAACUUCAACCAGUUCUACAUUUGAUGAGCAACAGAUUACCCAUAGUGGCUAUGUAUCAUCUAAAAUUAAAGCAGCACUUGAUAUACUGACGACAAUUGCAAGUCAAAGUUCAAGUUCUGUUCAUGAUCUUAUAGGUGAUUCUGCUUCUGCUCAAUUAAACUUGACUACUGAAGUUCCGGAGAAGGCCAUUGUUUUCUCCCAGUGGACCAGCAUGCUAGACUUGCUCGAGCUUUCAUUGAAUGAAAACCUAAUACAGUACAGGAGGCUUGAUGGAACAAUGACUCUUGUGUCACGAGACAAGGCUGUAAAAGACUUCAACACUGAUCCAGAGGUAACUGUUAUGCUUAUGUCGUUAAAAGCAGGAAGUCUUGGCCUGAAUAUGAUUGCUGCCUGUCACGUAAUUCUUCUUGAUCUUUGGUGGAACCCAUCUACCGAAGACCAAGCAAUUGAUCGAGCACACAGAAUUGGUCAGACUCGUCCUGUGACUGUUUCCCGAAUAACUGUCAAAGAUACAGUUGAAGAUCGCAUAUUGGCUCUUCAGGAGGAGAAGAGAAAGAUGGUUUCUUCUGCAUUUGGCGAAGACCAAACGGGUACUCAUGCGACCCGGCUCACAGUAGAUGAUCUUAGAUAUAUGUUUAACUGUUAUGACUAAGUUUUGGUGUGGAUCAUCCCCAUUGGAUUCCAAUAUUUUUGGAUAUGAGAGUGUGAUGCUCAUUCAACUUUUUUGCAGUGUUUGCUCCAUCCGACAAAGUUCCUUCCUUUUUCUUGUUUGUAGUCAUAGGUCGCUAACAUAUGUAACAGUAAUAGCACGAUCCAACGAAGGGAUGGAGCAUAAGUUGUAAAUAUGUAACAGGUAUUUUGCCAAGAUGAAUAUGCUGUGUACUUUUAUGGUU